AGCAAGACUGCUAAAGAAGACUCGGCCAUUUCACAAAAACCAAGCGAAUUUUCAACGGGGACAUCAGAGUUUUUAAAGGAAGACACCAUCAAAGACAUUUGCGAUCUUCUAAUGUCUGAAGGGCCUGGGAUGUGUGUUUGUCUUGGUACUAUUGAAGACGUUGACACUGAAUUCAAUUGGUAUUAUGAGGCGUGUAAAAAAUGUUGAGUGCUGUCAAAAAAGAAGGUGACAUUGUCAAGUGCAAGAAGGAAAAUAAAGUCCUUAAGUCAACCGUGCCAAGGUUUAGGUUGAAAAUAAUCGUGUCUGAUAACACGGAUGAUGCUACCUUCGUGCUUUUUGAAAAAGAAGUUCAAAAGAUGUUGAAUAAAUCUGCUUCCGAACUAUUAGAUAUUCAAGAGAUGAAAGGGGAUAAGUACGGAUUUCCUGAAGCAUUUACACAGCUCCUUGGCAAAAAGUUACUAUUCAAAGUUGAUAUCCCAUCCAAGCAUACAUCCGGUACUAAUAGAAACUUCACUGUUAUAAAUUCUACGGAUGAUCAAAAAUUAAUUGACAAAUGGAUGGGGUCUACAUGA